GGCUACCGCGUAGGCUAUAGGCUAUGUCGUCAUGUUUAUGGUGUGGUGGAACGACUCACUCUCAAUUCUUUGCUAAAGCAUCACUGACUAGUUGAUCAAAUCUAAAAAAUGCAACGAUGGCUCACAAGUGAACACUGUCUAUCAGGUUUUCACGACUGAAUUGGACGCUCUUCUGACUGAUGCUUGGUGGUAUGUGCUGCGUCGGACUCAAGGGGCUGCUGCCACUGCCAUUGAUUGUACAGCGGUGACCAAAAUGGGAGAGCGGUGUUGUGAUCAGAGCGAAGCGGCAUCAAUGGGAAAGAGCAACGGGAUACCAAUCACCAAAUACCUCCGACAAAGACUCAUUGAUAAUGACAAUCACAAUCCCCGUAAAAGGAUUCUUCUGUCCUCGAUGACAACGUAAAGGUAAUAACGUUAGGUAAACCCAGUGGCUGAUCUAAAGAAAAAAGAACAACAAAAAAAAAACGUGUGGACAGAGUACGAAUCAGAGCCCGAGCGCCACACAUGCAUCUGUCUCCUCACUUGCAGUCCUUGCCGUCAGCAUGCCCACCUUGGAGGCGCCCAGAGAGGGCUUUGCCAACGCCAGCCUGCCCUGGGGCCCGGGCGCCGGGGGCCCGUCGGUGAUCAACAGCACGGUGAAGAUGGUGCUGAUCUCGGCCAUCGUGUGCACGUCGCUCUUCGGCAACGUGGUGGUGCUGCUGGUGUUCCAGCGCAAGCCGCAGCUGCUGCACGUGGCCAACCGCUUCGUGCUCAACCUUCUGCUGGCCGACCUGCUGCAGACGGUGCUGGUCAUGCCCUUCGCCAUCGCGGCGGCCGCCCCGGGGGUCUGGCCGCUGGACGCCCGCCUCUGCCAGGCCCUGGUGGUGCUCAUGCACCUGUUCGCCUUCGCGGGCGUCAACACCAUCAUGGUGGUGUCCGUGGACCGCUACCUGGCCAUCAUCCACCCGCUCUCCUACCCGACGCGCAUGACGCCGCACCUGGGCACCAACCUCAUCGCGCUCACCUGGCUGCUGAGCGUGCUGCAGAGCACGCCGCCGCUCUACGGCUGGGGCGCCAUCGAGUUCGACCGGCACCACAACGCCUGCACGGUGGUGUGGUCCUCCAGCUACUCCUACUCGGCCCUGGUGUCGGCGCUCUCCUUCUGGCUGCCCGUGCUCAUCAUGCUGGGCUGCUACUGGAUGGUGUUCCGGGCCGCCCGGCGCCAGAACGCCCUGGUGCACCCCAUCCAGGCCAACAGCCACCUGCAGCCGCCCGAGUCCACCCAGGCGUCCUGCUCCAGCCCACAGAGAUCUCAGCAGCAGCAGCAGCAGCAGCCCCAGACGCCUCACCCCGACGCGCCCUCGUCCGGCUACCCGACCCGCGCGCGCCACAGACGCUUCCACUACCACUGCAAGGCGGCGCGCGUGGUCUUCGUGAUCAUGGCGUCGUACAUCGUGAGCAUGGGGCCGUACAGCGUGCUGAGCACGGUGGCCAUGUGCUCGCGCCGGCCUGUGCCGCCCUGGCUGGCCUCGCUGGCGCUCAUCCUCUUCUUCCUGCAGUGCUGCCUGCACCCCUACAUCUACGGCUACAUGCACCGCAGCGUGCGCAAGGAGUUCCUGGCGCUGCUCUGCGGCUCGCUCUGCCGGCCCGGCCGGCCGGGGAGGGGCUCGGCCGUCGACAGCUGCUUCACGGUGACGGACGGGCGGCUGGGGCAAGCGGGACCGGUGGGACACCCCAGCCAGGCGGCCCGCGUCUGCCCUCUGCGCACCUGGGAGGAGGGCACGGUGUCCUCCUCGCCAACGGAGAGGAGGUCCAGGGACAGCCGCAAGGAGACCACCUCCAUCAGCCUGAGCUCAGAGAAAGAGCUGACCGUCCACAGUAAGUGACCUCAGCAGCACAGGUUGUAAAUGGACCACUGCUGCGAGUCUGUAGAUUAAUAUGAGGCCCGGGGUCAGCUGGGAUAAACAUCCUCUCUGCAGUGUGGACAUGAAACCGUCCAGAUGAUACCAAGGUAAACCCAGGCAUACCUCUAUUGUGAUUCCUGUCCUUAACAUUCUGUUGUCCCCUCCACAGUGCCUGACUGCCAUGUGAUUGUGUUCUGAGGAAUUCUGUUGGGUAUAUGUUUGUGAUGUAUGCAUUCACGUUUUAAGCAUAGCUGAUGUAUAAUAAAAAGUGAAACCUUUAUCUUAGCGAGAAGCAAGAAUUACAUUUGAGCAGAUGUUAGCCAACUUAGCAAAUGAAUGUAAAGUGUUGCAGUGUUGUCUUGAUGUAGAGCACCAAGGAGAGGAAUGGCUGUUCAGAUGUUUUGUACUUCUUUUUGUAGACAUGUCAGUUCACUGUUUUGGAUACGUAUGUGUAUAGACUUAUCACCUCUGGCCAUUCAGAUUGAGUCUCGAGGGGCUGAGAUGAAGGGAAAUGCUGCUCAGAGAUUUUUAAGGAGUUUUUUUAGUUCUGUACAUGUUGGAUAUUGGUAAAGCAUCGUUUUGAUACUCUGGUA